GGGAAAUAAGGCUAUGAUGGUGGCGUAUCACUUCUCAGGUCUACCAGACAAUUGGUGUCAUGAAUCAGAAUAAGAUCGUUUGGACAUAAUUACUAUGGCCAAAGCACAAGCGUCAAAGAAGGAUGGCUCUAACGUGCCACAAAAACAUCUUUACUCGAGACUAUCUUUCCUGCAUCAAGCUGCGACACUGCUCACAACAGCAGAAGGAUACUCGGUGCCUGCUCAAUCUGGACAAUCAGAUUUGAGCAAUGCUUCCCCAAAAGAAACACGGACUGCCAGUCAAGGCAGCCCAGAAUCCACCAGACUCUUGGGUCAUCUCCGUGGAGUUUCCCGAAAGUCACAGAUUCGUAUCGCUCCAGAGCUAAAACACACCGUAUGCAAACGCUGCGACUGUCUUCUCAUUCCUGGAAGGACAAGUACAGAGACCAUCAGGAACGAUAGCCGGAAUAAAAACAAACCUUGGGCAGAUGUUCUCGAGGUGCGAUGCAACAGAUGUGGAACUAUCAAGCGUUUCCCAGUCGGCGAAAUACACCAAGGGGGACCACCUACGGACGUCAAUAAGGACGAAGACAAUUGACCCGUAUAAGUAAUAGAUCAUAUUCCAAGGAGAGAUGAAUUCAGCCUUUUGAAAAAAUAGUACACCA